AUGGCGCGAUCCCAAACAAAGACCCUCCCCGUCAUCCCCUUGGCCCGUGGCACCAUCCUCUUGCCAGGCGUCGCGCAGCGCAUCCCCGUCACCGCCGCCCGUCCCGACAUCCCCGCCCUCCUCGCCAACGUUUACACCCGCGCCGCCUCCGCCGCACCGAACGAGCGUAUCGACGCCGUCCCCAUCGCUUGCGUUCCCGUCUCCUCCCCUUUCGUUGGCCCUAAUGGCCAACUCCUCAUCCAAGAUGCCGACCAGAUGGACGAGUCCCUGAUCAAGGAGGUCGACCCGGGUACCGCCCGCAAGGCCGAUCUCUUCAACUAUGGCGUCGCCGCCCGGAUCACCGGCAUCGAGGGGAGGGGUACGGCCGAGUUCGCCCUACGUGUAGAGGGCAUUGCGAGAAUCCGUGUCGAGAAGGUCACACAGGAGAGGCCACACUUUGAGGCCAAGGUCAAGUACUUCUAUGAUGAAGUUGCGACGGACGCCCAGAUGCAAGAACUCUUUUCCCUCCUCAAGUUGCGAUCACGAGAGCUCGUAACGAUCCUCCGCAUAUCCGCACUCCUUCCCAGAAGCCCAGAUAGUCCCGGUGGCUUGUCCCCCUGUUGA